AUGGAGAAUCUUUCCUCUCUUCUGGAAAGCAUAUACAGCACAUGGCUCAGCCUCAGCUCCACUCUGUGGGCAAUGGACAUGAUCCUUGCCUUUGUGGGUGGACUGGGGCUCUACCUCCUGUUACUCCCUUUCCUUGAGAGUCAUCUGUCAGCAUCACCACCAAAUAUUAAGUUCACCAGAAAGCCUCAGAUGAAGAUGACCUGGCAGAGCCAGCACAGAAAGAAGUUUAGGAAUCAUUGCAGGAGCCAUGCCAAAGCUUGGGGAGAAUGCCUGAAAAAACUCCAAGGAAAAGAAAAGGAUGGAUUAUUUCUAGAAGAAAUGGGCUCAGGACACCAUUUGAAUUCUUUAGGGAAUAUGCUUAACUCGUCAAGUGCUAGGCAGGACAGCACUGCCUUGCUACCCUUCUGGAAGCUGAGAGGAGAAUCAGAACAACAGAUGUCCACUCAGAAGCUAUCAAAUCCCAAGAUUUGGGGGGACCAUUUCCAACAGAAAUACAACCAGCUCUUCUGGGGUCUCCCUUCUCUCCACAGUGAAUCUUUAGUGGCUACUGCCUGGAUCCCUCAGACAGCUUCUGCUCUCCCAUCUCCCUUUUUCUUAUUCAAUGUCAUCUCAGGUGUUUAUCCAGUACAAUUUCAGGAUAAACUGUCUCCGAUGCUUUCCCACACAUUUCCUCUGUCCUACUUGGACCUCCGAUCUCCACCAUUCAUUUUAUCUUCAUCUCAGUUCCAGCCCCAAACUCUAACUCAAGUCCAUCUUCAAUCCCCUCUCCCAAGCCUACUACCCUCUUCUCUACCCUACACUAGGGAUUAUGGAACAUCUUGUUCUCAGUCACAGUGUAAGCCACCAUACCUCCCUACUGAAUUACAAUACAGAGAAAGGCCCUUGCUGACAAGACAACCAGAAAGUAGAUUGUCUUUGCCACAAGUCUGUGACGUCUCGACCCCCAGCCUUACCCAAGACUGGGCAGUUUCUAUGUUUCCUGACAGUAUCCCAAUCAGCUGUGAGCUCCGGGAGAAACUGGAGCAGCACAUUCAGAAAUGGCUCCUUCAACACCGGUGGGAUCUUCCCUGUAAGACCCAAGAGUCUCUGGAAGUGAUGCAGCGUCAGAACACAGCCACAAAUACUUGUCAAGCAUCAUUCCAGCCCAGCCCCUCACAAUCCUCUGUGUCCUCUGGCGAAUACAGCAAGGAAGGCCAGAAGGUGAGAGUCCAGCCAGAAAAGGAAACUGGCAAGAAUCUGGGACCUAUUCUAGGAAAGAUCUCAAAGGAUCCAGUCAGGGGCUUGUACAAGCCUCCGAGAAAGGUUCAAUGGGCAAACAUUUCACCGUCAGAAAGAAAUCCAGUGAAGUGCUUGGAGAGCAACUCCAGAAAUGACACAAUAAAAUACAUAGCCAAGAAUCCAGAAAACUCCCUGAAAACUCAUUUGAGCCUAAAGUCAGGGCAGAUCCAUCAAGGCCUGAUCCCUCUGAAUGUGCGGCGAUCCUGGCUUGUCAUAAGCGAUGGUUUUGCCAGAUCCCCCGUCAGUGCAGAAACUAGAAAUGUAACAUCCCCAAAUUGUUUAGAAAGGUCCAUGAGCUCUCCACAGAAGCUUGCCUUUCUCGAUCCAGGAACUCGACAGACCCUGGAGGCACAUAUCGUAAGGUUUUGGGUGAGGCACAAGUGGGGCCUACCCCUUAAGAUGCUCAAGCCCAUAAACCUCUUUAAGUUGAAAAAUGUUGAGUCUCUGCCUAUUGCAUCUCGUGCCCAGCCCUUUUCAACCACCAGUUCAGUAGCUGAGGUAGUCAGGUUUCUGGGAAAACCAUCUCAGAGAUGCUUGCGAGAGAUGCUUAAAGAUUCUUCCUCAUCAGCGGGGAGUUGUCUCCUUGUCUCCCCUCCUUCCUAUAAGAAUAUCGAUAGGGCCCUGAGAAGGCUCCCCUCUGGGGUUGACCAUAAGCCUUUGAAAGUCCUGCCAACUAAACCAGAGAGCAGGCAUCUUUCUGAAACUCUCACACACAACUUCAUGGCCACAACCUCUGAGAGCGAGAUUGUCUUAGAGAAAGAGAGAGAGACCCAAGAAGUCUUUUUACUGCCUAGAAGGACUAGUGUCCAAAGUCCAGGGCCGCACAGCCUUCAAGCACAAGUUGUUAGUAAGCUUCCGUGUAAUGUGAAGACAGAACCAGCAGCCCAGCCACAAACCUGCGCCACUGCUGUGCUCCUUCCAGAAUGUUCUAGGAGCAGGGUUCCUGCAGACACUUCAGCUCCAUGUGCAUUAGGUGACACUGUGGGAGUAGAAGGGAGAAAGAGCUUUGUGCAGCAGAAAACCAGUACUCCAAAGCAUCAAGUCUCAGAGAAGGACCUAAUCAAGCUGUUGGCCUCUACUUGUCAAGAUGAGGACACUAAAAGACAGAGUGAAGGAAAUCAUGAAGAAAAGUCCAAGUUCAGCAGAGUGAAAGAGAAAGAAGACAACUUUCGAAGUAAAUACCAUCAGCCUGUUCCAAACACCACACAGGUUCUACCACAGAGCACCUUCCAAAGACUGGUGAGCCGAUUUCUACAGUGGCUUCAGCCCAAGAAAACAAUGAAAGCGCAGGAAACUCCUCCCCCAAAAUUUAAGCCUACAGCAACCACUGCCCAGAGCCAACAAAAGCAAGUGAGAAAGGGACCACAUGUGGACAGCAAUGUUGCUGAGGCCCAGGAACUUAUGACAGCUGUUGGACAGAUGUUAGAAAAGAAAAUGAUGCUGCAACGUAAACUCUGUGCUUCAAAGUUCAACCAGCACAAGCAAUUUCCUCCUGCCCAUCCCUACCAGUUUUCCCAAGGCCACAAGCCAGGCUCCUACACAGAGCAAAUGAGAGCACCCAGUCACCCAGCCAAUCUGUCACAGCAGAAUUACUGUAUACAGGACAGGCACACCAGAGAGCAGCUGUCUCAGAAAAAUGUACGGUUUAGCAAUGAACCACAGAGCCCACAGAACCUUGGGUCCUCUCCCCACAACGCACCUUUGAACCUAGUGAAUUUCCCCCCGAAUAGAAUAAUAGUGCCAGCCUUCUCGGGCCACCAUCUCCACUGCCCUAGGCACUGUGCUCUUCGGAGAAGUAUCUGUAGCCAACUAGAAAAUUCUAGUUUUUUCUAG